AUGAAGGUAUCUUAAUCAUAGGAUAAAUAAGAAAGUAAUCAAUAUUAACCUCAAUAAAAUAGGGUUAAAUAAGAGAUAAGAAUACUUUUAUAAAAUAAAUAUAUUGAUAAUAAUGUAGCCUGUUCAACUUAUAGAAGUGGAGAAACAUCUGAUGCAGAUGGAACUUAGCUUAAUUCUGAUAGGAGCCAUUACAAAUUACUAUUGAAACCUCGAGAGUUUUCUAUAAAUUCUACUAAUGAAAAAUCUAAUUUAUAGAAUUUGAUUGAUCCCAUUUUAAAUAAAAAAAAUAUUUAACACCCAAUAAAACUGCUUCUGAACUCACCUUCAAGCAUCGGUUUUAAUAAUAACAACAACAACUCUACUUAGCUGAUUUCGCCUUUUUCAGGAAUAAAUUAAUCAAUUUAACAAGGACCAGCUAAGCUCUCAGAAAGAAGCAUUACUGACAAUUUCGAUAGAUCUAAUUUAACUAAGAACAACUACUAGGAAUACAUAUUAACUGAAGCAGAUAAUUCGAAGCAAAAUGGUAUGCAAUUUAACUUAAGGCGUGGCAUUAACUCAAGCGUUAUGAAUAUUUCAAGAGACGUUUCUGAAAAAAAUUAAAAGGCUAUUUUCAAUACUCGAGCAGUAAAAACUGAAAGAAAUUCAAUUAUAGAUAUUGAAAAUUAUAUUUUAGAAAACAAUCAUUUCUACAAUAGAAAAAAAUAGCAAAAUAACUCUUUUAAAGAAAAUCCUAAUUAUGAAACUUAUCAAAAUCAAUUGCUUGCAUACUCGAUGCAGAAAGCUACUAAUCAUAAAAUAAAUCCUGACUAUUUCACUUUGGCAUAGUAAGUCUGCAAAAAUCAAAACUUAAUGAAGCUCAAACCUACUCAUAAUCCUUCUGCAUCAACUGGAUAAUCUCCUCGAAGAGAUAACUAAAAUCAUGUAAACGAUAUGAUGACUACUUACAAGUAAACAGUAAAAAAGCUUAUCAACGAUAGAAAAGAAUUAAAUAAGAGCAAAGCGAAGAUAUUCUCUAAAACUAAUACUAUUUCUUUUAAUAAAAUAUCAUAAUAAAAUACUCCACUUGGCUCCUAACAGGUAAUCAUGUAAGAUUAGCAAUAAGAUUUGAAUUUUUAGAACCUGUAAUCUUAUUAAAAUAUUUAAUCUUAAAACAUUCAAUCUCUGAUAAAUCUAAAAAAUUUGACAUAAAGUACAAAUCUUUAAUAGCAAUAGCCAUCAUAGUCUUUAAUGUAAAAGUAAAAUAGCUACAACUUAAAUGCUAUUCAAAUUUCUAACAACUAAAGUUAAAACACAAUACAAAACGAAAAUAAUUCUAAUGUUAACACACCAUAAAAAUAAUAGCAAAAUUCAAAUUUUGCAAGAUUUGCUCUUGAAUAAAUUUAAGACGAAAAUUAAUAAAAAACAGAAAACGAUAAUUUUUUGAUUUCUAAUUUUAACAGAGUAUCUAAAGCUAGCUCUUAAAAUUUUAAUAGCCUCUAAAAUACUCCAAGAUCUCGACCUUUUACAAAUUCUUAAAAAAGAAUCUAGAGAUAAUAGCAAUAGCUUUAAAGAGAGUAUUUCUCUUCUUUAUUUGAAGAUAAUUACAGAAAUGAAGCUGCUUAAAAGUAUUUAAGAAUUAUGAGUGUUAAUUAAACAGAAAAAAUUGAUCAUAAGUCUGAGAACUUUAAAAAAAAUAAAAUUAAUUAACUAAAAAGAUAGGAAAUAAGCCAAAUAAAGAAGUUAUCAUAAUAAUUAAUUGAAAAUGGUAAAGUAAAUGCAUAGGAAUAAGAGCUACUUGAAUCGAAACUUAAAAUAUAAAAAUUCUUCCUCUAAAAGGAUGUUUCAUUAAUUCAUAAAAAAUAAUGCUUUAAAAAGCUGAUUACUGAGUUUAAUCCAUCAAAUUAAAAAUAUUCUUAGCAAAAUUCAUCUCAAAUUACUAAAAUGCUAACAAUUAUGAAACCAUUUUACUUUGAUGAAGUUAACAACCCAACAACAAAUUAAUAUUCUCAUAAAAUAAAAUAACAAAGCAGCGAAAAUAAAAAAAAUUAAUCUUUCAAAGCCUCAAAAACGAUUUCUUCAUUUGGUAAUACAGAACAAAAUUUUAUUUCCUAACUAACAACUUUCUACAACUCAAAAUAAAACGAUUUAUAUCAAAUUAAGUAAUAAAAUUAACCAAAGGGGAUAAAAUUUAGAUCAAAUCCAAACUUACUGAAUUAAAAGAAUUUCAAUAGUUUAUAACCUAAAGAGUGA